AUGACUACAGCAUUUUGUCUCCUUCCACAUCCAACUAUCCAACCGGACAGCAUUUAUGGCCUCUCGCAAAUAACUAACAGCCUUUUUCUCAGUAAUGCUCUGGCCGCUAACGACAAACUCACCGUGUCCAACAACCGCAUCACCACGAUUAUCAAUACCUCGUCAGAAGUAGUGAACACGUUCUUUGAUGACAUUCAGUAUGUGCAAGUGCCGGUGAGUGAUGCUCCCAAUUCCUACCUUUAUGACUUUUUGGACCCCGUAGCUGAUCGUAUCCACCGUGUGGAUAUAAGGAAUGGCCGUACGCUGCUGCACUGCUCUGCAGGAGUGAAUCGCUCAGCAGUGUUCUGCCUUGCCUAUCUCAUGAAAUACCACACCAUGACCCUGCUGGAUGCACACACAUGGACCAAGACCUGCCGUCCCACCAUCCGUCCCAACAAUGACUUUUGGGAGCAACUUAUUCAUUACGAGUUCAAGCUAUUUAGCAGGAAUACUGUCUAUAUGAUCAACUCUCCUGUGGGUCUGAUCCCUAACAUCUAUGAAAAGGAGGUCCACUUAAUGGAGCCAAUGUGA